GUAGUUGCUGUUUGAGGGAUCAAAACAAAAACCUAGUUUUUAGACACUGCAACACCAGCAUCCAUGGCAAGUAGGAGGUGUCUGCGAGCGUUAACGCAAAAAACGACACCGUUUCUCUUCCGAAACGCAUCCUCUCUCCGCUCACUCACCGUGCCUCCGUUUCCCAACGCCAACGCUUCUUCCCCCGUUUUCACCGUACGCGCCUCUGUCUUCGCGCAAUGGCCCCACCUCCGCUAUUUCUCUUCCGAGAAAAAAGACGACCACAGCGACGAAGACGAUGAUGGCGAUGAGGAUUACGAUGAUGAAGAAGAGGAUUAUGUUGAUGACGACGACGAUGAUGACGUCCCUGUGUCGAGAGGGAAAAAAGUGUACACUGCGGAGGAGAAGGAAGCGGAAGCCGCGGCAAUUGGGUACAGAGUAGUGGGUCCCCUUCAAAAGGACGAAGAUAGCGUUUUUAAGCCUUACGAGCCUGUUUUUGCUGUUGUUCAGAUUGGUUCGCACCAGUUUAAAGUAAGCAACCGAGACAGCAUUUUCACUGAAAGAUUGAAGUUUUGUGAAGUGAAUGACAAGUUGAUUCUGAACAAAGUUCUAUUGCUUGGCUCUGCUAGUCAGACAAUUAUCGGCAGACCUAUAGUACCAGAUGCAGCUGUUCAUGCUGUUGUUGAGGAGCAUGCACUUGAUGCAAAGGUAAUUAUUUUUAAGAAAAAGAGAAGAAAAAAUUACCGAAGAACCAAAGGACAUCGUCAGGAGUUGACUAAGUUAAGGAUAACUGAUAUUCAAGGAAUUGAGAAACCUCAAAAUGUAUUGCCUGAAAAACCUCCAAAACCUGCUAAGAAAGAAAAGGAAAAAGUUGCAGUUACAGCUUAAAAAGGAUGUACCUACCCCCUUGGGUGUUGAUGGUUAUUGCUAUCUUUUUGUCUCAGUGAGUUUUGAUAGUUGGAUGGCAUGUAGGAGCAUGGUGGUAUUGCUGGUGAUAGUCAAAACCAUCCACUCAGUAGUAGGGUUUUGUAGAAUUGUUACACAAAUUUUCUUUUCCCUCUGUAAUGCUAUAACUAGUGAUUCGACGUUUGAAACGUAGAUCCAUUGAUUCUUAAAUUGGUUUCAAGAAAUUUAAUAAUGACUCCUGUACUAUUUUGUUAGUCAAAAA